AUGGCAGAACUGUUUAGCGAAUGCUACCACAACAGUGAGGAGAGAGCGUUUGCUCUCUUGGUGAGGAAAAAUCAGUACUGGAGCAAGACCACGUGCCUUCAGCUGGCCACAGAAGCAGAUGCAAAGUCUUUCUUUGCACAUGAUGGUGUCCAGGCCUUCCUGACAAAAAUAUGGUGGGGAGACAUGUCUACCAGCACACAGAUCCUCAAGUUAAUCUGUGCAUUCUGGUGUCCUUUCCUCAUCUACACAAAUUUAAUAUCAUUCAGUGAGGAAAAACAAUCAAAGAAUGAGCCAGAGCCAUUUAGAGAGUUGGGCAGUUUGGAUGCAGAGACGACUCUGUUUUUCUCCGAGGAAGAAGAUAGAGGAAAUGACACAUUGGAAAAACAGAACCCUUCUGCAAACACAGCAUGGGCGACAUUCAUGUUUACCCAGUGGAGAAAAUUCUGGAGUGCCCCUGUGACUGUGUUUAUGGGGAAUGUUAUAAUGUACUUUGCUUUUCUCUUUCUAUUUACUUAUGUCCUUUUACUGGACUUUAAACCACCCCCACCUCAGGGUCCAUCUGUUAAAGAAAUUGUACUCUACUUCUGGGUGUUUACCCUUGUCUUGGAAGAGAUCCGACAGAGUUUCUAUACAGAUGAAGACACAAAUUUAAUGAAAAAAUUUAAACUGUAUGUGGAGGAUAACUGGAAUAAAUGUGAUAUGGUGACCAUCUUUCUCUUCAUAAUUGGGGUAACCUGCAGGAUGCUGAACUCAACUUUUCAAGCUGGCCGUACAAUACUCGCCAUUGAUUUUAUGGUGUUUACACUUAGACUUAUCCACAUUUUUGCAAUUCACAAACAACUUGGACCAAAGAUCAUAAUUGUGGAAAGGAUGAUGAAGGAUGUUUUCUUCUUUCUGUUUUUCUUGAGCGUGUGGCUUAUCGCCUACGGUGUGACAACUCAAGCUCUGCUUCAUCCCAAAGACAGCCGAAUGGAGUGGAUAUUCAGAAGGGUUCUUUAUCGUCCCUACCUGCAGAUAUUUGGCCAGAUUCCACUGGAUGAAAUAGACACAUCACGAACAUAUCCCAGGAACUGCACAUUUAACCCACUGCAGAUUCUGCAGGAGAACACACCAUCCUGCCCUAACAGCUACGCCAACUGGCUCGUCAUACUCCUGCUGGUCAUCUUCCUACUCGUCACAAACGUCCUCCUUAUGAAUCUACUGAUUGCUAUGUUCAGUUACACUUUUCAAGUUGUCCAGGGCAAUACAGACAUCUUCUGGAAAGUGCAGCGCUACAACCUGAUUGUGGAAUACCAUGGCCGGCCUGCCUUAGCACCACCAUUUAUCAUUAUCAACCACAUUACUCUGGUUCUCAGAAGACUCUUCAACAAAAUGGAACACAAGAAAAAACACCUGGAAAGAGAUCUUCCAGUGGGCCUCGAUCAAAAAAUCAUAACAUGGGAGCUGGUACAAAAAGAACAUUAUCUCGUAAACCUUGAGCAAGAAAAGAAAGAAAGCAAUGAAGAAAGGCUGAAGGCCACAUCUAAUAAGGUGGAUAAUUUGUCUAAGUAUUUUAGUGGGUUGAAAGAACAAGAAAAACGAUUUAAAGUUCUGGAAGCCCAGAUUUGCUACUGUACAGCUGUUAUCGCCUCCAUGGCAGAGGUUUUAACCAAAACCAACCUCUUGUGCACUCAACCAGCUCCAAACUACACCUGUGUGAAGAGUGUCAACACAGAAGCACCUUUGCUGCAAAGAAGUGAAAGAGAAGAGCGUGCAGAUCAGUUUGAGACUGACAUCGAAUACAUUGAUAAUUAAAUUUUAUUCUAUCUCUUCACAUUAAACCUUUUGUCCUGU